CUCGCUUCAUUCCGACCUUAUAGGGUUUUUCCAAGUCGAUAAAUUAUGCGUUGCUGUUCGACUUAGCUCCUUCUUCGAAGACGUUUCUUUCCUGGCGGAUCGGAAGUUACGAUAUUUUGAUCGGGAGCAAUGACGGGAGCUCGCUCGCUGUGAAGGAUUUAGGGCAAAAAGAGGGAAACAGAGGAUUUAUUUCGCCGUGAGAUUUACGGGACGCUCAAAUCCUGCAUAAAUCCUGUUGCCAAACAGCCCCUAAAUCCUGCUCAAAUCCUGCAUCCAAACAGCCCCUGAAGAUGCCUAGGGGUAGAAAGAAGAAGAAGGUUGGCUCCGAGCCUCCCCGGAAGCCUGUCUUCACUUCUCGUGAUGAUGGGGACGCCGCCCAUAACUUUCACGAUCGGCAGAUAGCUUUCAACCACCGCGAAGUUGAACGUCGAAUUGCUGCAAUCCAAGCUAUCCAAGAAGCUGAAGUACACAACAUGCUUGCUCGUCUUCGCAUGCUUCGAUCUUACUUGAGCAAGGAACAGUUGCAGACCCCUGCUUUAAAAUUCUUCCAAGAGAACUUGCCAAACCUAUCGGUAGUAAGAAAUGAGGAAGACAAAGUGUUUGAGCUGAGGGAAAAUGAGAAAUUUUUUUAUAGAAAUGGACGUGCUUCAGUGGUUACUGCAGUUGGUGGUUCACUUUUCUCAAUGGAAUCAGUAAAACAGAGUUUCCUAAACGCAGAUGGCCUACAAAUCCCUGAUUUUGUUCUAGAUGGUGCAUUAGACACUCAGAUGUCUCAGAUGCUGGGUGUGGGACAGGCUUUCCAAACUCCUGGGGGCCCAAGCAACCGGUCAUCCUUCACCGCGCCGCCAACGCCGAGAACUUCCAGACUGCCUAAGCAAGGAGAAAUGCUUCUUUCAGUUCAUGGCUCGCCGCUGGGAGUUUAUAAGGAAGAUCACCUAGAAGCAAUUCAUGAAUCUGGUGAUGAUUCUCAUGCUGAUGCCUCUGGAUAGUGCAGAAAGAUGGUUCUUUUUAUGAGGCCAAAGCUGAAUCAGCUGAUGCUGUUUUCAGACUGUAGAUCUCUACAAAUUGUGAAGCGUUGCCAGUUUCCAUGGCAGCAAAAUCAUGCAGAUUGCUGUUAUAUGUUGAAUGUAGGUGAUCCAUCAUUUCAUGUGAUGGAUUUUUGUAUUUCUCACUUAAGUUCUAUAAAAUAGUUUGCCUGCUCUAGUGUUUUU